AUGGUCAGCUCCUCGCGACCAUUGAACCGCUCCUCAAGUGGGCGCUUCACACGUCGAGGUCCUAAAAAUAUCGCGACCGCCGAGUCAAACGAGAACCUCGCAGCGCCCUCCGCACCCGCGCCCGCGUCGCAGGACACGCUCUCCAUCGCCAGCACGCCCGUCGCGCCGUCCCCGGACGACUCCGCGACGCCCACGACCGGCCAGACGCUGAAGCUGCUGGGCCCCCGCCCGGCGACGAGGAAUCGUGGCUCGUCGCGAAGGAAGGGCGCCACACCGAUCGCCAGCGCUGAGCAACAGCAGCAACAGCACCCGAGACCUCCGACCAAAGUCACAGUCACACAGCCGCAUGGGGGGCUGGUACAAGCGACCAACGGCGUGCAAACCCAGCUCGACCUCCGCGACGAUGACGUGCCCUCACAGUCCGCAACGCCCAAACCCGACGCCCAGGGCGGCCUGCCAGUGCCCCAGGACAAACGGACGUUGAGGAGCCAGGACGGCGGCUCACGCCUCAAAAGCGACCUGGCCAUAUACUUUCCCAAUUACGACGAUGUGAUUGCCGGCGUUGAGAGGAAGUCUGAUUUUCUCGACAUCGACGAGCCCGUCCACGUUAUCGACGAGCCUCUCAGCGAACCCGUCCUCGUCCCUGGGCCUGUCUCCUCGCUUUCUGCGUCGUCCGUACCUGAGAAGAGGCGGUCCUCGCUCCUCGCCCCCGCCCACUCAGCGUCCAACCCCGCCACGACACUCAAUGGGUACAAGCCUUUCGCUCAAGUCAACAGUGGCAUACAAACCGUCGAUUUUUCUACCAUCGUCCGCCACACGCCACACCACAUAACGACCGACCCUCUCGAUGAUGAUUUCUUCUUCAAGGCACACAGGCGCGCCGAGCGCAAGGAGAAGCAACUGCGGAACAUUGAGAAAGAGCGGGCCAUGCAUGAAAAGGUACAGCUGGAACGUCUUCUGGACGGGCUGCUUGGCCAUGAUUGGCUGCGUGUCAUGGGUGUCACUGGCAUCACCGACUCGGAGAAGAAAGAGUAUGAGCCGAAGCGCGACUACUUCAUUUCUGAAGUCAGGGCGCUGGUGGAUAAGUUCCGGAUAUGGAAAGAGGAGGAAAAGAGACUUCGGCUCGAGAAAGAACAGGCCCAGCAAGCAAAGGACGAAGAUGACGAAGAAGCCGAUCAGCAAGCUGAACGCACCGAGGAAGAUAGUAUGGGCGAGCCCCCAAAUUCGAGCGACGUUGAUGCCUGGGCUGCGCGGCAGUUGCAACAAGAAGCCAUUUCCGCCAGCGGUUCCUCCACCAAACAUUCAAAACCUCGACCACCCCCUCCUCCCAUCAUGUACCGGCCUCCUUCUCCCGAACGCCCGUUCAUCUCUUUCUAUUCCAAGCCCCACCUCCGCGCUGCCGCCAUGGGCAAGCAGAGGCACGGCCGUAACGUGACGGCCUUUGGUCAACCAAUCCCCGAGCCUGCCGAGGAGGAGUUUGCCCUCCCCGAAGAAUAUCUCACACCCGAAGCAUUGCGUGCACAUGCUCGGAAAAAGCGGCGGAUGAUGAGGGAGAAGAGGCAGUAA